AUGGGUUUAGAGGAUAGUCAAUUCUUACAAAAAUUUAUUAACUUCGGUGAAAAGAAAGCCGGUUCAACCACAAGAAGUAUCUUAGUUGGUUUAUUCGCUGCCUUUGGUGGUUUCCUUUUUGGUUAUGACACUGGUACCAUUUCUGGUAUUUUAGCCAUGCCAUAUGUUAAAGAACUUUUCCCCGCUGAUCAUACCGCAUUCAGAGCUGAUGAAAGUUCUCUUAUUGUUUCGAUUUUAUCUGCUGGUACUUUCAUUGGUGCAUUAUCUGCCCCAUUAUUUUCCGAUAGAAUUGGUCGUAGAUGGACCUUGAUUAUUUCUACUUUGAUUGUUUUCAAUAUUGGUAUUAUUUUACAAACUAUUGCCACCACCAUUCCACCUUUAGUCGCCGGUAGAUUUAUGGCUGGGUUAGGUGUUGGUUUAGUUUCUGCUGUUUGUCCAUUGUUUAUUGCUGAAACUACUCCAAAAUGGAUUAGAGGUGCUAUGGUUUCCACUUAUCAAUUAGCUAUUACUCUUGGUAUCUUCUUGGCUGCUUGUGUUAAUCAAGGUACUUCCACCAGAAAUGAUACUGGUUCUUAUAGAAUUCCAAUUGCUUUACAAUUCCUUUGGUCUAUUAUUUUAGGUGGUGGUAUGUUUUUACUUCCAGAAACUCCAAGAUUUUAUGUUUCAAAAGAAAAUUAUUAUGAAGCUAAGAAUUCUUUAAGGAGAUUAAGAAAAUUACCAAUUGAUCAUCCAGAUUUAAUUGAUGAAUUUGAAGAUAUUAAGGCUAACUAUGAAUUCGAAAGUCAAUAUGGUAAAGCAUCUUGGGGCAAAGUUUUCCAAAACAUCAACAAACAACACAGAAGAUUGUUUAUGGGUGUUACCAUCCAAGCUUUACAACAAUUAACUGGUAUCAAUUUCAUCUUUUACUAUGGUACUCAAUUUUUCCAAAACGCAGGUAUUUCAAAUCCAUUCACCAUUCAACUUGCCACUAAUAUUGUUAAUGUUUGUAUGACUGUUCCAGGUAUUGCUUUGAUUGAACUUUUAGGUAGAAGAAAAUUAUUAUUAUCUGGAUCUGUUGUUAUGGCCGUUUCUCAAUUAAUUGUUGCCACCGUUGGUGUCACCACUGAUUCCAAGGUUGCUAAUCAAUGUUUGGUUGCCUUCACCUGUAUUUUCAUUGCUGGUUUUGCAGCCACUUGGGGUCCAUUAUGUUGGGCUGUUGUUGCUGAAACUUAUGCUCUUAGUGUUAGACAAAAAUCAGUUGCUCUUUGUACUGCUUCCAAUUGGUUAUGGAACUUUGCUAUUGGUUAUGCUACUCCUUACAUGGUUGAUUCUGGUCCAGGUAAUGCUAAUUUAGGUUCUAAAGUUUUCUUCAUCUGGGGUGGAUGUAAUUGUAUUGGUUUCCUCUUUGUUUAUUUGUUUGUUUAUGAAACUAGAGGUUUAACUUUAGAACAAGUUGAUGAAUUAUACAUGAAGGUUGAUCAAGCUAGAAAAUCUCCAUCAUUCGUUCCAUCUGAACACGCAUUCAGAGAAGAAUUGGCUAUUGGUAAGCCAGAAGUCGAAGAAGUUGAAUCAAAGAGUGUUUAA